ACGGGGACCCAGCACGACCCUGGCGGGAGGUCUCGGGGUGCGCUUCGGCCCCGGCUUCUGGGGAGCGUCAGGCGUCACCAGGAAGGGCAGCGGCGGAUUUGUCAACUUUUCUGUUGUCCCGUGAAUAUAUUUUCAUGGAGAAGGGAGCCUUGGUCUCUCGCUCCGGCGACUGAGGAUGCCACUCUUUGGGAAUACCUUCAGUCCCAAGAAGACGCCGCCUCGCAAGUCUGCUUCUCUCUCCAACCUGCACUCUCUGGAUCGUUCGACCCGGGAGGUGGAGCUCGGCCUGGACUACGGGACCCCUACCAUGAACCUGGCGGGGCAGAGCCUCAAGUUUGAGAAUGGCCAGUGGAUCACAGAGGUUGGCGGAGCCGUGGACCGGAGGGAGGCCCAGCGCCUUCGCAGGCGGAACCAGCAGCUGGAGGAAGAGAACAAUCUCCUGCGGCUCAAAGUGGACAUCCUGCUGGACAUGCUUGCCGAGACCACUGCCGAGUCCCACGUGAUGGAGAAGGAACUGGAUGAGCUGAAGAGCGUCAGCCGGCGGAGAAAGUGAAAGCCCCGCGGACACGUUGGGGAGUAGGGAGCACCCCGCUGGCUGAGGGGGAGGUGGCGGAGCAGGUUUUUGGGGUUUUUUUUUUAGCCAACCUAGCGGACUGGGCCCUUGGAGAGAGUAUCAUUCAAGGGCUCGGCCACGCCCUGGCCCUUCGGGCCGGCAGCAGGUAGGCGCCGUGGGUUCCAGGCCCGGGCAGUGCUGUUCCAGACGCACUCUGGAGCAGCCCUGCUGUAGGCGCAGGCGCUGUUGUGCGGAGCGGCAGGCGUUCCCGGCUCACCCUCGCCACUGGCGAUGGCCGUGCCUGUUCUAGAGGGCUGGGAUUGGGGGUCUCCGGUGAGCAGCUCUCGCGGUUCCCUGCCGCCCAGGCCACUCUCUCCCCGCCUUUAAAGACCUCACUCCCCACACUCACAGCUGCCUCCGGCGUCCACCUCCCAACAGUAAGCCCCAGCCUGCCAUGGCCACUCUGUUCCUGUGCUACUUUCUUUCACACUACUUGUUUUUUAUUAAACGGUGGUAAACACUCUCCGCGGCCACAGUGACUCAGAGAGGAAGCCUGGGCCCUCGGGGAGGGGUGCAACCUGGGCUGUGGCUCCUGUUACCCCGCUGGACGGUGGGAUUUGCAGGGGCUGGGGAAAUGGUGCCGUGGUGGGCACGGCGGUUUCGCCUUGUGUUGGGGGCCCCCUCCUGCUCCGGGAGUUAGUGCCGGCCUGGGCCUGCAGACUCCUGCUGGUUGGUGGGAGCGUCGUGCUAGACCACCCUCUGGGUGGAGGACAGAACCCUGCUCGUGGAGUCCAGUGGUGGGCACGGAGCCCAGGGUUUGGCAGGGGCAGCUCCUGUAGCCAGCAUUUCCGGGGGUCUGUUAACCAGGAAACCUCCCAGAGUUGGUGGUAAAGCCCCUGGCUCCUGGCUUAGGCCUAGCCCAGCCCUCCUGACCAGUGUGGCCAUUUGGGAAGUGAAGCAGCGGUUGGAAGAUGCUCGCUCGCGCUCUCUCUCUCUCUCUCUCUCUCUCUGCCUCUCCUUUUCUGUAACUAUUUCAAAUAAAUAAAUCUUUUUUUAAAAAAAUUAGUUU